GCUGCGUCCGAAGGCGACGACUUCUUCGGCCGUCUACCGGAUCUGAACAGGGCUACCGUCCCGGUCAACGUGGAGCCGGUCAACGUGGAGCCGAUCAACGUGGAGCCGAUCAACGUGGAGCCGAUCAACGUGGAGCCGAUCAACGUGGAGCCGGUCAACGCGGAACGAGCAGAGGUGAGUGAAGCGGAACGAGCAGAAGUGAGUGAAGCGGAACAGUUGGUCGCAAACGCGAUGCACGCUCACUUUCUGCAGGCAAAGGACACCACUUUGCCCGGUAGCAUGCCGGAGCCCGCUUUGCGGAAGGUUAUGGAGUGGCUUGAACACAUAAUCGGCCGAACAUUACGCAAGUCCGAGAGACACGGGUCCGAGCAAUGGGAUCUUCCGGUGAGCCUCCGCUUAGACUAUGUCAGGUCCGUAUGGGCCUGGGUGGCUGGUGUGUUGUAUGACAGGCUAGAUCGCGCCAGAGUGCUGAAGCUGAUUGAGAAAAGUGGGAAGCGACCGAAGGGUGUUAGUAACCAGUGGUUCUUUGCGGCGCUUUUGCAGAAGUCUGUUGGAUCGGUUGCGAAUAUCCUGCCGUGGGUCCGAAUGCUAAACCUCCCGUGUGAUAAUUGGAUUUUCAGCAACCUAAAGUUGUAUGCAGACAACGCAGCGCAACACUUCUCCUGUUUGCCUGCGUCUGAAGCCGAGCGAGCAUGCACAGCUUCUCUGUUCCUUCACAUGCUACUCGAGACCAAUCGAAACCCAGACCGUCGCGCGUCAUUACGCCAGAUGUUCCAGAGACCGAUCGAGUGGAUCAAUCCAGUGGACAUUGAGCUGACGGCUUUUCUCUACAACAGGUUAGGCGGCGGGGCCUGCGACCAUCUCGCGCGUGUGUCCAGACAAUUCUGGGGUUCGCCGAACACCACGUGUUUGUCAGACCCAUGCUUCCUCGGAUGCGUCCUCGGGGUCAUCAGAUGCUGCACGCCUUACAGGCUUCAACAGCUUUGCAGGCCUCUAAACUUCCAAUACAACAAGGACAAAAAAUGCCCAUCCACUUGUACCGCUCUCGAAGGCCCUGACUUCUUCGGACGCCUCCCGGGCUACAAUUUUCCAACCACCCAUUCCCCAGCCCCGGGAGGCUUCUAUAGCCCCGACCUUGCUGAAGGCACCUUUCGCGGCAUCAUCUCUAACAAAGCCGACGAGCUCAGCACCUUCAUCGUUCCCGGAGGAC